AUGAUCAAACCGAAAGUCCCCAUGGAACGGAAGGUACUCGAUCGCAACGCCGCUGCAGCUGCGAAUGCUGCACAAAAAGCUGCAUCCUCGAAGAACCAUGCGCCGCCGCCGCCCGCCCUCGUCACGGAGCCCACCGAGUAUGGAGAGCGAUACUCGACCGGCGCAUUUCUGGGGAAAGGAGGGUUUGCUGUUUGUUACGAGGGCACAUUGCUACGCAAUAACCGAGUCUUCGCGAUGAAGGUGGUAAAGUCGGAAAUGACCCAGAAGAAGAUGCAGGAGAAGUUUCGGACCGAACUUCAGAUCCACUCGAAGAUGCGACACCCUCAUAUCGUCGGCUUUCAUCGCGCGUUCGCUUUCGAUCAGAGCACCUACGUGAUUCUCGAGCUUUGUCCCAAUGGGUCGGUUAUGGACAUGGUCAGGAAAAGGAAGUGUUUGAGUUUGCCGGAAGUCCGACGAUUGAUGAUCCAGCUUUGCGGUGCAGUGAAAUAUCUGCAUAAGCGAAAUGUUGCGCAUCGUGAUUUGAAGAUGGGUAACUUGUUCCUGGAUCAGAACAUGGAUAUCAAAGUGGGAGAUUUCGGGUUGGCGGCCAUGAUAAUUUCAGAGCGGGACGAAAAACGGAGAAGGACGCUAUGCGGAACGCCGAAUUAUAUCGCACCGGAAGUUUUGGAUAAGACUAAAGGGGGCCAUACGCAAAAAGUCGACAUCUGGUCCCUAGGUGUUAUAUGCUUUGCGAUGCUCACAGGCUACCCUCCGUUUCAAUCGAAAACCCAGGAAGAAAUAUACAAGAAAGUCAGAAACCUCACAUACGUGUGGCCCAAAGGCCCAGACUGCGCCAACGACAUUCCAGAAGAAGCGAAGUCGCUAGUCAGUUCUUGUUUGAAUUUGGCAGAAGAGGAACGACCCGACCCCGACGAUAUUGUUGAGCACCCCUUCUUCAGCAUGUACGACGGAUGCAUCCCGCGGAGAUUGGAGCCUGAGUGCUGCCUUGCUAAGCCGUUCUGGCUUACAACGGAUCAGCCUCGCGGCGACAACAUUAUGAUUGGCCACAGCUUGGAGUAUGACGAGAAACUUUCCGGCUAUAUAGAUAACGUCGACGACCCGAGCCAGCGAUACCACAUUUGCAAAGCCGCCUUUUACACUUUCUGCGGCGUUGGGAGGAAGCCAGAUGGGUCUGCGCGUAAGGCUGCUGGCAAGCACGGCUCCAAGUCUGCGUUCGCUGAAUGCUUCGCGGAAGAGGAGAAGGGACUUCAACCCGUUAUUCCUUUGCCGGAAGAUAUCGUCUACAGCUACCCCUACAAUCCAGAGGGAGAUUGGAGUGUUCCGGAGCUGUUGCUAACUAAGCGCAGAGACUGUUCGUCGCUAGAAAGCUCCGUUCUGUCUUCGAAGAGUACUGCACCAGCUCGCAGCAAUGUUGUGUCACAAUCGCGAACGCAGGCCGCAUUAGCUGCAGCCCAGCAGCGCCGACAGGAAUCUCAGAGCCAUGCAGCCACUCUUCGACAGCAAGCGACCGGCCGAGGCUCGGUCAGAAAGGUUCCAACCCUUUGCGAUCCCCCAGGCCCCGGACCACGACCGUUGGAAAACGUGCGCGUGGAUGAUGAUGCGUUGUCAGUGCCGGGUGGACCAACAGGUGGUCUCGCGGAUCGUCCCAUUCGCGCGCGCCGUGGGGUGGCCGCUUCGUACUCAGGCUCAACGCGUGGCUCGGAUAGAAACCUGGUACCACAGGUCUCCCGAAUUACCAGUGAUGCAGCGAUGCUGACAGUUGGGAAGACUCGCUCGCAGUCUCGACGGCUAGAAGCCGCGAACAAGGGCGGACCAGGGCUUCCACUACCUAGAGAGCGAAUCACCACAACAACAAUUGACAGCGCUCCAAUCCGGCCGCGACCCGCAUCAAUUCCGGUUGCCCCUAAGUUGGAGAAACCCGAGGCGCUGAAACCGGUCGAGCCAUUGAAGCCAGAGCCUCGACCCACCCCAGCUGAAGAAGUUCACCGUCUACGACCGGAACCUCAAUCUCAGCCUCAAGCGAUACUUCGAACUGGCAGUAAGACGUCAUUAUCUUCCGCCAAUAAGCCUCGCUCGUCUCUCGGAACGCACCCGCUUUUUCAUCGCGAUGACUCGUGCGAAUCUCUCCCGGGGACUUCUAUUGCCGAUACCAAUGCGGACCUACGACACAUGCUUUCAAACCUGGUGCCAAACUCAUCUGUUCGACGGCGUGCAGUCGCGAGGAGGGAACCGCAUACGUACGUUAUCAAAUGGGUUGAUUACACCAAUCGAUACGGUAUCGGUUACGUCCUGGACGAUGGGAGCGUCGGAUGCGUCUUUAGAGCGGGAAAUGGCAAUCCGGCUACUGGUGUCGUCGUGCGUGAAGGGGAGAAGCACAUCCGUCGCAAGGCGCGCAGCCAUGAGAAACGGGAGGGAGACGUAUUUACCUACUCGGAAGCCGACCAACUUGUGCCUCGCCAAGGGAAGCCGGUUGAAUUCUACGAGAACUGUGACAACGACGCAUCCGGAUUCCACGGAGGUGUGCGGCGCGCAGCAGUCUCACCUUCGCUAUUUGAAGUCAAACCAUCAUCGAAUGGCUCAUCUAGCUCGGGCGUCAAGGUUCGCACAAAUUCUGGUAUUGAUUGCGCGCGAGCCGACGCUGAGAAGAUUAAACGCGUCAAAUUGGUGGAUCAGUUUGGCAAGUACAUGAUCGGAUCUCUGGGCCGACAUGGCGACGAGGCAUUCCUCGAGGACCAAGCCUCAACCGGGCCCCAAGGACAGUUCAUCAAGUACUACCAGCGCCUAGGUAACGUCGGUGUGUGGGGCUUUGGGGAUGGUGCUCUUCAGUUCAACUUCCCCGACCACACCAAACUCGUUAUCUCGCCAGGUCGCACCAGAAGUUCAUCGCCCUGGAUCGAUUUCUACCACCUGUCGCCCUCGGCCGCUCGUUACUUGAGCGCCAAAGGAAAGAUGCACCCCGCUGGAUUCGACACGCGGGCGCUGGCAUCGGACGAGGUCGGAACGUUCCUCAGCAUUGCGUACGGAGCGACAGCUAGUCCGAUGGAUGAACGUAUUCGCGACAUCCUCGACGCCAACUCCUUCCUUCAAAAGAUCGGAUUCCUGAAAGACGUCUUGAAAGGAUGGCUUAAACACGGCCGAGUCGGAGGCCGCCCAUUCGACAAAUCCCUGGGAGUAGAAGGGGGCCUACGAUCGCUCGACAUGUUCUGGGAGGGAGCCCAGGAGAGGGCACAUGGGUCAAAGUUUGUUUGGGUUACAGUGGGGGCGCCUGGAGGGGACGGCGAGUACCGAUCCAUCACUCUUAGGGAAAAGGACAAAAAGGUGGAAGCAACCCAUGAACAGGAGAUGGGGAUGCUGAGGGAGCGGUUGCGAAUGCUGGGGGUACCGUCAUAA